CAACGUGCUCUACUAAAAGACAAGACUGUAGGAAAAACGUUUGAGGAAGUUUUAUCAAGUUGUGAAUACAAAGUGCAAGUCAGUGAAAAGAUGUGCCAAUAUAAUUGAAAAGUGAAUUAGAAGAGUUUCAUCAGACAAAAAUGUAUUGUUCAAAAAUGGAGUUUAGAACGAUUUGGAUAUUAGUGUUGUUGGUUUAUACAAAAGUUUCAGGAGGCGAGUUCUACGAUCCGACAAAUGGCAGCAAUCUCGGAGGCGCUGGAAGUGUCCAAGGUUCGCUACACAGUUUGCCGGAACCGGAAGGCAGUGGCGAAGGGGCUCCCGUAGACACAAUCGUCCCGCCAAAAGGUUUCGUCCGACCGGAAAUAAACUUUAUCGCAAAGUUACGCCAACGACAACGGCAGAGGGCCCUCGUUCCGGCGGUCGCAAUCACCGUUGGCCAACAUCAACCGGUUGAAGCCGUCGAUCCGGAUUCGGACUAUCCGGACGUGGAUUUGGCCACGCUCGGUGAGGACCUGGCAAUGGUUGUGCGGUUUUUGGACCAACACUGGGUGGAGCUUUUCGGUGGGGGUGGAGGAGAAAAGACUGAUGAUCAACCCCAACAGAUGCAGCCCGGUCAGAAAAGGGCCGCGGCACUGAGGACGAGCAUGUCCCGACGGUCCAACUCGUUCAACAUGCCCAAGGAACGCUUCUCGCCGUCCAUCAGUGUUGGUGAGUUUUACGGAGCCCUCACCAACCUGGGAGACUUUUUCCAAAACCUAAAGCACAACCUGGAAACGCUGGAAACGAGGGAUCUCUCGAACGAGCAGGUCAAACUGCUCGAGGGUCAAAACAUGAUCACGAACCUUCGGAAAGGUAGAAUUCAUCGACGACUAUCCCAAACCUGCCGGAAGUGCGGCAUUCCUACACGCUAUUCGGAACUAUCGCCCUUCGAGCCGAAUACGAGCGCUGGUGUCGUCCGUUCCGGAUUUGUACCGAGGGACCAACUUCCACGAUCCGGUGUACAAACAUGUGGGACUAGGAAAGUAAGCUUCCCGAUGGUGUACCGACCGCAUCCUCUGCUCUCGUGCUAAUCACGCGUUGUGAAACUCAAAACAGCAACUUUUUCAAUUACUAGUUUUUAAACACACAUUAUUUUAAAGUUGAGUUUAUUGCUUGGAAUGGCCCCACAAGCAAACACACAGAAGUGAUCAACAGUUUGUAAAGUGCAUUCAGAAAUGUUACAGGAAAAA